AUGCAGGUGAAAGUUGUAUUCAAGUUGGACGUUUUUGAGGAAAAAAUCAAACAGAAUGCUAUGAAAGUUGUCUGUGAAUUUCCAGGGGUUACUUUGAUAGACGUGAAGGAAACAGGUAAACUAAAGGUGACGGGAUAAUUUAACAAGUUCGAAAUGACUAAGACCAUACUGAAGAAGAUAUAUAAAUAUGUUGACAUUAUGGAGCUUGGACCAGAUGGAGAACCAGAGCAAAAUCCCAAUCCGGUUAAGAAACCUGAACCAAUAGUGAAGAAGACCCCAUCUUCUCGUCGUUGGAAGAUAGGUUUCUUCUAA